AUGUCGGAGCUCACUCCGAUCAUCACACCCCUGCGAGAGUUUGGGGGCCAUACAAACUGCGCAAACGCAGUCGCAGUGUUCCCCGAUAAACAACGGAUGGUUACGGGCUCAUGGGACAACACGCUUCGAUUAUGGGACUUGAAAAAAGGUGUUGUGUUGAAGAAGAUGGAGGGACACCACAGUGAUGUGUUGAGAUUGGCAGUAUCACGAGAUGGGCAAUUGAUAGCAAGCGGUGAUUGGAGGGGAGGGGUCAUCGUCUGGCACGGAGAAACUGGUGAAAUACUCACACAAAUCCUCGAAGCCCAUUUCGGUUAUAUCAUCUCGCUGGACUUUUCUCCAGAUGGAACAGUGCUGGCCACUACUACGAGGGAACAUAUCGCAUCCUUCAAGGCCCACACAUCAUACAACUGCUCACUCACAUGGACGCCCGAUGGCACACGCCUUCUUACAGGCGGCGAUUAUAAGGAUCCUACCAUCCGUGAAUGGGAUACAACCACCUGGCAGCAGGUCGGUGAGCCUUGGACGGGCCACACUAAACAUAUUCUUGCCAUCGCCAUCAAUCCUGCUGGCACACUCAUCGCGUCCGCAUCUGAUGACAAAUAUGUCCGUCUUUGGCGGCUCUCAGAUCGACAAACUGUCGCCACGUUCAAGCAUAAAUCCUUGACGUCAUGCGUCACUUUCUCCGCAGACGGCAAGCAUAUCCUCAGCGGAGGCGGCGAUACCAUGAUCUCGGAGUGGGCAGUGCCUCCGGCAUGUCUUGUACAGAUGCUAGCCAUCACAACAGCCCGGGAUGCAUGCAUAGAUGGGCACUUGUCCACUGCUGAAGAACUACUUACUCGAGAUAUCAACACCAAUGCUAACAACCAUACUUCAUAUGCUCAUCGCUCAUUCGUGAUGGCUCGACGACACAGCUGGGACCGUGCCCUUCAGGAUGCAACCGAGUCCAUCAGCAUUCAGCCCUCAUUGAUAGGAUACAUCUCCAAGGGUAUUGCCCUCUGUGGACAAGGCCGUGUCCCAGAUGCGAGGGCAGCAUUCGAUGUCGCAUUAAUAUACACGGACCAGAAUCCACAAAUCCUACAUUUCCUGCUCUUGAUCAAAUCCAUCGCCCUCUUUAAUGCGGAUCAACAUGACGAAGCAAACAUACUCCUCAAAGAACUCGUUACUGGUUGUCCAAAUGCUGAUGUUCUUGGGUGUUGUGUCGUGCAAGCAUAUAUGCGUGUUCAACUCGGAAUCAAGGCCUUGGAUCGUGCACAUCACGAAGAAGCCGCUAACCAUUUUACUGUCGUCCUCAACUCCAGUGUUCUCUCAUGGAGUUUGCCCAUUUAUUCCAUGUACGAGGACUUGGUGGUGCUCUUCGGCUGGGAUUUCAAAUCGUUGCGGCUCAUUGCACACCAGAAACAGUGCCAGGCUUUCUUUUCCACAGGAAAAGUCCAUGAAGCACUCGAAUUACACAGAUCUAUGAUGGACAACGUCCACGAAACAACAAAGGCCAGUUGCCUUGACUGGUCCACGGCUUCCACAGAACAAUGCAGUGCCCCAUUUCUCACCAGUGGAGAUACUGCGCUCGCUGUAAGCGAUUUUGAUCUGGCUAUCGAACUUUACUCGGCCGCGAUCGACCUGAAUUUUGCAUCUGAUACCAUCUUUGCAAAUCGUAGUAGGGCAAGGUUAGGCAAAAUGCUAUGGGACGAGGCCCUUCUCGACGCGCAAAUGGUCAUUCAACUCAACCCUUUGUCUCAUUUUGGAUACAAGUUGAAGUAUGCAGCGCUUCAUGGCGCACAACGCUACGACGAAGCGAUGCAGGCUUUCCGAAUCAUGCUCUCGAAAUUAGAUGAUGCCCCUGACACUGAGACACGAAAGUUGCGCCAGCAGUAUCUUAGUCCAUCCGAGGUAGACCGUGCUAUUAGAAAAGUCAUCGACGCCCAACUUGACAGUGCUCCGUUGCGCAUCAUCGACACCACCACCGGUCUCUUAUGCGAUCGAGAGAUGCAGAUACGCACCUUCAAAAUGAGCAUAGAGUACAAGGAGCUUGUGUCAUCAACAAUUACGCAUCCAGAUAUCCAAAUGAAGCGCAUCGAAGAAGUGGUGAUGACAUACUUCCAAUAUGUCAUGUUAUCACACAGGUGGGAGGAUGAGGAGCCGCUCCUGCAGGAUAUCCAGGGCGAGGACAUCUAUGAGUUGGAUCCAGUUGGCGGCACCAAGAAGUUGCAGUUCUUCUGCAAAACUGCUCGUGAUUUGGGGUGUAACUGGGCAUGGAGCGACACAUGCUGCAUAGACAAGAACACCGAUGUUGAGCUCCAAGCAUCGGUCAAGUCCAUGUUCGCCUGGUAUCGCAACUCCGCAUUCACAGUCGUAUACCUCUCAGAUGUCCCGCCUUUGUCAAAGCCUGGUGCGCUGGGAAAGAGCGUUUGGAACACACGCGGAUGGACGGUUCAAGAAUUUCUCGCUCCCAAAGUCAUUCUCUUUUAUCAGAAAGAUUGGACUCUUUAUCUCGACGAUCACACUCCAAACCAUAAGGAAUCUGCUGUGAUCAUGCAGGAGUUGGAGAACGUGACGGGCAUAGAUCGACAAGCCGUUGUGGCCUUCCGUCCCGGGAUGAGAGACGCCCGAGAGAAGCUUCAGUGGGCGUCGACACGUACUACCACGUUACAAGAAGAUAUCGCAUACUCGUUAUUCGGUAUCUUCGGUGUCCGCCUACAUGUUGAUUAUACCGAGAAGAAGCAGAACGCGCUCGGGCGGCUUCUGCAGGAAAUUAUAGCUCAGUCUGGUGAUAUUACUGCCCUGGACUGGGUCGGAAAAUCAUCAGAGUUCAACAGCUGUCUACCAGCCGACAUCAGUUCAUAUGAAGCUCCACCGUGCAAACUGCCAUCUCUAUCUGAAGAUGAGAUUCAGUCAUUUGUCUCCUCGCUGCGAGGUGUUGUGGCUUUACAGUCAGCCUUGCAACUAUAUCAGUCACUUGACUGCCUCAGCGUUCCCCGAUUCGCACACCGCCGGUUGCAUCUGCCUUGCAUCGUAUUCCCAGUCACAGGAGCCAGGCGGAGGCCAAGUCAUGACCAGGAUACAUAUACGUAUGAACUCAAGUCAGACGGACUUCACAACCUGGAGAUCACCACAGAAGACAAGUUUACUUCGUUCUCGCCGGCAAGACCUCCACCCGCCUGGCAAACGAUCUUGCUCGUUCGUCCAUGGAGUCGCUAUCUCCUCGGGUUGCACGACACUGUAGACGAUACGCAGAGCGUGGGCAAUUGGUCUGUGCUCGAAUCUUCGUUGUACAGUUCACCCGCUGCGCACACUGGGCCGAUUUGUUCGGAUUCUGACUCGCGAGCAUUGCGGUUGAUUGUUCGCCAUGGACAGCCGUUCAGUGCAUUUUUGCUAGCGCGGCAGCGCGACGGGGAAUUCAAGAGGAUCGCAUCCGAACAUGAUAUCAUUGCACAGGUCAAAGACAUGGGUUCUAUUAGCCACUUGAUCGACAUCAGGACACUAGAGGUAUUGUAA